CCCACAUAGAUGCCGUACACUCUGCUGCCAUACAGCUGUGGACGUUGACAUAUCGUUUUGAGCGUAAAACCUAUACAGCGAGGUAUUGAUUGUGCUCCCCUGUUAGGUGCUAAAUUUCAUCACUACACUCCAUUGGCCUUAUUUUGACCUCAGCCAUGUCGCCUUCCGCUGCCGCUGCUGCCGCUGCUCAGGGUAGCCGCUUUGCGCACCCAUGGCUCAACCCCCUGUCCCCUGGCCGCUCCCGUUUCUAUGACUUGGUGUACAAGUCCGCCGCAACCGCUCUUAUUGGCUUCGCGGCGUUCACCUUCUUCGAGGUCGGUCGCGGCACCUACUACGUUAUGCACUCCAACCAGGCGCGCAAGCAGCAGGAGGCAGAGCAGGCCAACAACAGCCAGUAACAGGUCAACGACCAUCGAGAGUGUAGCAAGAGCAAGCGCAUGCAGUAGCAGGACUGGAGCAGUAUCAUUGCAGACGCGGACAUUUAGAACAAGGAGGCUAGCACGUAGUCAGGAUUUCAGCAGCUUGCCUACGGUUUGGGGCUGGCGCUUAAGCGGGGAGCUGUCGAUGCCGCCGGCUCGGUGGCAUGCCGGCUGGCGGCCUUGUGCGGGUUUGGGUUGUUUCACGUCUUUUGGGGCAAAUUGGGCAGCUCCGCAACAGCUGAGUCCAAGGUCUCCCCUUCCCCCCAGCACAACGGGCUCGGCUACUGCAGCGUACAUCGCACCUCCCUGCCGGCUACUCGUAUGGGGAGAACGCCGUUUAGGGUUUGGGGAUAGCCUGGUAUGCUCGUCUUCGGGGCACAUGCACAGCCGGAUACCAACUGUAAUGGCAACGCUGCCACCCACCGGAGGAGACGGCUUUGGUGCUGCUUUCCCCAGCGACUCGACUCAGGUUCAGUGGCAUGAUCAUCCUAGCAGUGGCGACGUUGGUCAACUCCUGACCAAUGCUGCAACAGGACAACCACAGCCAACUUCGUCACAGAACCCAUUGUUAUCCUCUGAUCCCGGUGCAGCGAUCCUAACAGCUGCUGUGGACCUGUCCCGCUGGGACCGCGCCGUGUUCGACGCACGCUUUUCCGACCUCGUUGCCAUUCUACCGGACCUACCACGUGUGCUACCUUCCCUGCCACCUGCGCAUCUCCUAGCAGCCAUGUCUGACCCCCGGACCAUCGCCGACAAGGUAGUAGCCUUGAAGGCUGUCCUGCCCUCAGUCAACGUGGGCAUGCUGCUGCUGUCGUACCCGCCGGCUUUGGAUCCUUUGUACGGCGUCGACAAGCUGAUGGCAGGGGUUACGCAUGCAGACAGGGUGCUGGGCGGUCGAGCAGUGGUAGCAGAGGUGCUGCAGUGGUACCCGCCUUUAAUAGACCCUGCAGUGUUGGACACGAGCGUAGCGGAGCUGCGACGGUUGGUGCCGCAGCUGGCACGGAGGUGCCUGCCAUCGGCCGGAGGAGGACAUGGGUCGCGGGGAGGCAGCAUGGGGGCAGCAGUGGGCGGCGGGGAUGCACGACAGCUGGUGCACCUGCUGGGCAUUGUGAUGCAGACCGAGGGGGGCAGUGCUAGGGCGGGUGAGCAGUCGGGAGGGAAUGGCUCUGGUACGGUGUGGUGGGGCUGUUCAUGAGGGCUGUGUAAGAUGAAGAGAGGGUGUUUAGUGUAUCAUGGUCGUACAGGUGUACGUAGAUACUAUGUAUGUAGGUGUGUGGGGUUUCGGAGAUGGGUGUUUGUUGGUGGGGUCACUGAGGGUCCCGUGUUUUCUGCGGAUGAUGCAUGUAUGCGCUUGCCGUUUAGCGCAGUAUAAGACAAAAUAGGGUUUGGUGUCUGCUGUGAGUGCUCGGUUCGUCGCAUUUCCCGACAUUGCAUCGAAUGUAUUGUAAGAGGGAGUCUGCAAUGUUUCGGGGGUCUUCCUUGUACGGCAAUGAAGGCUUUUCCCAUGCGCACAUGGCGAUGCAUGCGUGCAGUCCUGCAGCUUUUACGUCGUGCUGAUCUGCUGCGAAGAAGGCCAAAUAAAGGGCAGCACGCUAACUACACAACGCGAUUACGGAACAGGUUACGACACCGUCAAGGUCGUAACGGAAAAACCGUUGCUUUGCGGCUUAGCACAGCAGGACGGAGUUGUGACCUUACUACCUAUAUAGCUGCCUAUAAGCACUUGACGAAGCCAGUGAUUCAGGUCUGAGAAAUGGCGACAAGCCCUUCGAUUAGCAUCUACCGUCAGCUUAUACGCACCAUUCGGAAGACAUUUGCUGGAGACCCUCUAGCCAUCUCGGCCGCACGCAAGGAGCUCAAAAGCGCCUUCUGGGCCAACCGUCACCUAACCGACAAGCGGGAGAUCAAUGCUGCGGUUGCCGAAGCAGUUGAUGCCAACGAAUUCAUUCGCGAAAACGUCAUCCAGGCGGUGAAGAAGGACUGCGGCUCGUACGAUAUCGACCCCGAGAAGGCGAAUCAGCUGAGGGGCAUGGAGCCAGAGCAGCGCCGCCCUCCGCCGAGGGGUUGAGCUGCAGGGUGAAGGGGAGAAACCCCGACCAGAGGUGUUCCAAUGCAGGGGCCUCCGCUGUGGCCGGGUUUAGAAGGGAAAUGCCAUGCCGACCAUGGGGUUGCGACAGGGAGGUGAGGGGACCCGUGUAGGCCUGUGAGGGGGGGUGGGGGUGCGGGUAAGCUUGGCUACGUGCGCGGUGCUCGGGUACGUUGGAGCCGCCGCAGCAGAGUCUACGUGGGGUUGUAGUCGGUACGGCAUUCGAGUUGCAUUUGGUGUGACAGGAGUGCAGGACGAUAAGGGUGGUGCAUGGGCAAGGAACGUGGUACGGGAAGUGGGCGGAAGGAAGGGGGGAUUAUUAUAGAUAAGUGCAACAACGCAGUCCCAAUCCCGAAUCCCGACUCAUGCAGUGAGCGCAUUCUAAGAAAUUAAGCG